CCUUGCUUUGCCAUGGUCGUAUUUCGAAGUUUACUCCUGUUUCUGUUAGUGUUUUGUAUUAGGGAAACUUAUUGCAAGCCGGCAGACGAUGAGCAAGCUGUGGCACCUAGUGUUUGGUCCAGACUCUGGGGAUGGGCCGCGUAUCUCAACCCUUGGGGCUCCGAAGUCAAUAAUGCAACUCAAGCCCCGUCCAUGCACGAUGUCAACUCAACUCAAAUAAAAAAGUCACUGGCUGAUCAGGCACGGCAGUUCACUACCAUUACUGUGCCUGGAAAAGCGACAGCAUCACUAAAACCUUCAUCAGAAGAGUCUGCAGGUAAUAAAGAAACAACUACACCCAUGAUAUCAGUUCAAAAUGUCCAGACCUCGAAAACAAAAGAACAAGAGUCGGUGGAAAAUAAAGUGUUAAGCACAAGUAUAACGUCAGGCGAAAACAUUACAUCUAUGUUAGAAAUAUCUGCGAUAGAUUUAGAGGGGUUGGGACCGAUUAGCCUAACAGAAACAGGUCAUCGAGAAAGCCACAAAGAUGCAACAACUGCAGAACCUGCGAUAGAAGACCUUAAGAAACCAAAAGCAUUUACAACGCCUUACGUGUCGGAUUCAGUGAACCUUGUUAUAACAGAAGAACCCGAAACAGAACAAAUUUUAGAAUUAGAUAUAUCAACAACACCCAUCGCGAUAUACGAAAAUACCCCAACAACAGAAGAAGCUUUUGUAGAUAAAACUUUAGAACUAAAUGGGAUAACUAUAUCCAUCAUUACCCAUACCGAAAACCGGACCACAGAAGACGAACCAAUAGAAACUGAAACACUGACCUAUAUAUUAGAAAACACCCCGGAAUUAGAGGCUUCCACUACAACCACAGCUAUAGACAAAAAUAUCCUGAUAUUAAAAGAAGAAUCCGUGACAGAGCAACCUGAAGAACCAGAAGUACAAAUAUCAGGAGAACCCUUAGAAUCUGAAUCCUUGACUGAUGUAGCAACCCUGAAUACGCCGAUAAUAAUAGACAAACAUAACACAGAAUUGGAACCAGUAGCGUCAACUAUACCCAUGUAUGUAGAUCAAAGUAUCAAGGCAUCAACAGAGCAACGCGUGACUGACAUGUUGAAACAAAAUUUGACAUCGACAUAUGAACUCACGAGGGAACAAAUUUUAGGAAAUAAGUUGUCAGUGUCAGAUGACGUCUUGGCACCAGAAACCACGACACUCAGGCAUUGGAUAGAUCAGAUCAAUAUUAUAAUUACAAAAGAAACCUCAACCAAAAAUACACUAACUGGACAAACAGGCGUAGUAUUGAAUCCACAAUUAUACGAAUCGUCGAUUGUCACUGAUCUAGUUGCAACGGUGUCGGAAAAAGACGAAAAGUCUACAGAAAAAAAGAGGCGUGGACACUGUCUGGACCUAUCACUAGUCAGUAUUUAGGAAUA